AUGGAUCGCAAAAUAUGUUGCAGCAGCCCGAGCAGCCGGGCCGGCGUCCGCCAAACCUCCGCAGCCAACAUGACCGCCAGGAUAGCAUUAUGCUUGUUAGUGUGCACGUUCUACUCGGCAUUCGCUGAAGUAGAUAUCAUCACGGAACCUCGUCCCGGUGAAGAAUACGUGCUGGUCAGUUCAGGCCAACAAACUCCUUUAAGAAACUUUGAAACUUCACACAAAAUUCCCGAAAAGCACCCGCAUCACAGGAAUUUCAAACAAGACGACAGUGAGAAAAUUGUUAAGAAAUUGCACAGUGGCAAAGCCAAGCAUGCGACUGAAGGCAUCGUAGCUAUCGAAGAAGACAAGAAAGCUCUGUUUAGAAAGGGGCUGAAGAGCAAAGCUGAGUCAAUUGAAAUUGAUGUUCCAGUAUCAAAGCUUGAGGACAUUAAAAUACGGGAGAACUUGAGAGAUGUUGAAACAAACCCUAAGAUGGCGGUUGCUUUGGAGGCAAUGUCCGAAUCAGGAAAAUUAAGUAAAACUGCUGGCACUACUACUCAAAAGCCCAUCCUUACUACUGCCCCAACUGCCACUACCCAAGGGUACGACUAUAUUCCAAUUAACUUUGACACAAUUGAUGAUAUCAACAGUGGAUUACUAUCAUCUAGCGUAAACUUAGAGACUGCAGGCUCAGAACAAAAACCUCAAUCUAGAAUUCAGAUUAAGAAAGGUCCUAACGGACAGGAUUACGAGUAUGAAUACAUCUACUAUUAUUACGAUGAAGAUGAAGAAGGUAAAAAGGAAGGAAAAGGAAAAGAUAAGGCUUCUUCUACCACCGCCAGCCCUGUGCACAAUGCUCACGACGGUCCUGAGAAAGUCGAAAGCGAAAACCACAUCGCCAACGAAAGCAAAACUAAGAAUAAGUACAGUUCUAUCGACAGGACUGGAACUACAACAGCAGCUACGCCAGAAAUACAAAACGAAGUAGUUCCAGCAACGACACGCGGGCGCGGUCGUAGUCGCAACAUUGCUCCUGCUCCGGUUUCCGAAGAAGAGGAAGAAGAUAUCAGCGUUAGGCUGCCAUCAAGCACUCGGUUCCCGCCUCGCGGUCGUAACUUAGCAUCAGCUUCUUCCACAACUUACGUACCUGAAGUAUCCUCCGAAACAAUUCACCGCGGACGAUCACAAAGCGAUAAUGUAGCCGAUGAAUCAAUCGGUCAGACCAGAAGCAGGACCCGUGCGCACAUCAGGCGCCCGAGCUCGGAACUUGUUGACUUAGACAGCUUCAAGACUCACUCUGGAGACAUUCCAUCCCCGUCCCAAUACAAGGAGCCACCAAGCAGAUAUUCCUCAGAGAGCCGAACCACCACAGAGGAAGUUCCUGAAACUACACCUAUUGCCAAAGAACCCACAAAUGCCAAAGAGUCUGCCAGGGAAGGACACAGCUUAUCAUCGGGCAUCAGAUAUCAGGAAAUCUUGGAUGACUCCAAGCUCCCCGCUGACUACAAAGCAACUACUACCUACGAGCAGGAUACCACUGAGUAUACAACAAUGACAGCAAUGGAGAAGGUAGCUCUCGACCUGUAUGCUUAUUUAGCUGGCGAGAACUUGAACAACGACAUCAGCCCCACAAAUGAGAUUAGUUUCGAUGGGUCUACGACUGUUGAGGAUGACAUGUGGACAACGACCGAAGAGAUGAGCACUACAGAGGAAGCCACUACCCCUACAACUACAACGACGACAACUACCACCACGACCACAACUACGACCACCACCACACCAGCGCCUACCACCACCACUUCUGCUGUGCCCACGCGACCCUCGAGGUUCAAGGGACGCGCUGGCGCCCGCACUCGCGUGUCUACCACCAGCGCCGCCACCGAAGCGCCGUUGGAGACAUCAACCAGAGUGCGAGGUCGCUUCGGAAAGCCCGGAGUAGGACGCAAGACCACUGCAGCCGGUAGCAGCUCAACCGCAGCUGCAGACUCCACCACAGCUGCAGCACCAGCAGAGAAACCGGUCACACAGCCCAAGGCGUUCGGUGGUCGUCGUGGCCUGUUCGCUGGUCGCACACGGCCUGCCUCCACUUCAGCUGCACCCGUCACAGACGAGUCUGGCAGCACAGCAGCGUCCAGUGAAGCUCCAGUACCCAGACCCAGGCUACGCCCAGGCCUGAGGAGAGGACCUUCCACCACCAGCACUACUGCUGCUAUCGCCAGUUCUUCCGCCGAAGAUAGCUCGACACCCAGUGCCAAUUCCGGAGAAGUAUCUGAAACUACUCCCACUCCUUCCAGAACUAUCGGGCGUGGCAGACCUGGUCUACGGCCAGCAUCUCUCCGCCCUGGACCCAGGUUGAACCUCCGACCCAAUCCUCGUUUGAGAGGCGUGAGCACCGCUCCUGAGGCCCCUGUCUCCGAAGCUCCUGUCGAGACAUCAGCCCCUGAAUCACCCGCCACUGACGCCGAUUCUGAGGCUUCAUCCGCGACUCCAGCGCCCGAGGCACCUCGCAGUGGUUUGAGAGUUCGCAACAGACUGCAGGUCUCCCCCUCCCCCAAGCCCCGUGCUCCUGUGACUCCCCCUGCGCGUCGUGUGAACCCUCUUCUGAAGAGAAAGCUGGGUACUUCCACUGAGGCAACUACUGAAGCUCCUAAGAAAUCAACUGAGGUCACAGAAGAGAGCACUAGCGCAGAGCAGAAGAGUGAUGGAGAGACUGAGACGGAGCCUACCCCAGCGGAGACAACUCCUGCGCCACCCUUACGCGGGCUCGACGCGCUCAUUGCCAAGCGGCGUGCGGCCGGUGGCAUCGGAGGCCGACCCGCCAGACCCGCUCGGGGCAUCUACCAUCCCAAAUAACCACCCUACAAAUACUAAUAAUCUCUGGUUACAUACAAAAUGACAUAAUGCUGAAACUUGACUUCCUCCUUGAUUGUAGCAUUCACUUUAUUACCUCGGUCGCCUGACAAAAUUUAUUCAUCAUAACCACUUUUAUUUAAAAGUUCCCUUCUAUUACAAUUACAGCCAAGUUCAGCAUUUAUCAUAUGUCAUUAAUCUUAGUCAAUUCAUCCAGAAACUACUUAGGUGUUAGCAUCUUUCGUCUACGUACUAUCUGCCUAAUAUCAAACGUUUUUCAAUUUUUAGUUGUAAUGUGUCUAUAAAUAGUUUAAGUUUCUAAUAUUUUUCUUGACUACAUGUGCCUACUGGGUACUCUCUAUUUAGUAUCCUUUUUAUUAUACAAGUGUUAUGUACAUAUUAGUGGUAGAUAAUGUUACGAGUAAGACCGGGAUUCCAAGCAAAAGGAAAUCCCCAAAAAUUCAAUAUAAACCAAAUCAAUAUGAUUUUUCCAUCUCUGUCUUUAAAAAUAGUGUUUUCCGACAUCAACAGUAUGAACGCUGUCAAGACAUUCUAAAGUUUCUCUCUCUUGAAUUAAUUUUUGUAAAGUAAAUUGUAAAAACUAUUAUUUAAGAACGAGAUUACCGUCAAGCUUUGUUGAGCAAGAUAUCAAAAUGUGUUAUCUCUGAGCAAUUUAGAUUAUAAACUAUUCAUAAAUUGCCUAAAGAGAGUAAUAUUAUUAUAUCAUGUUUUUGACUUUUCAAACACGUAGACAUUGAAAUAGUUAAACUUUCGCAUCCGUACUUAUUUUCGUGUAUAUUUAUUAUUGAUUGGUGAUUGGUGACUAGUUGUACUAAAUGUAUCAUGAAAGUGAUGUAGUUGCCAUCACAAUCGUCCUGUUUACUCUACACGUCUGCUGAAGCACUGACUGCUAGUGCCAUCGUGAUAUAUGUUUUUGUAUCUUUCGUAAGUGUGAUAAUAAAAUUAAUAAUUAAGAUUAUAACAUUUGAA